CGUUGCCGAAUUCCAGGGUCAGAGGUACCGGUAAAUCCGCCGCUCCCUCCGCUGGACCUCCAUGAACCGUCGGUCUACAGAGGGAGGACUGUAAACCGGACCCGCGGAACCGGAUCGACUGAAGGCUGAGACUCCCACCCGCCACGUAAAUCCACUGGUGGAGUUUUAGUGUUUGGGGGAAAUCAACAAGUGUGUCAGCAGCUGUGGCUCCGACAAAGAACCACAGAAGUGUCUCGUCAGCGUCUGAGUCACAGUCAGUUUCAACACGUUUCAGGGAGGAUUAAUGACUUGUUUCUCCUCCAGUCUGUGUUCCGCUUCAGCCUGACUCACUGGCAGACACUCUCACACUCAUCCAGCCGGUCCCCGUGUUUGCCGGGCCCCGCGGCGGCUGCCUCUGGACCGGACCGGUCCCUGCAGGUCCUCGGCCCUGUCAGGUGGAAGGCGUGGCCCAGGGCGGGGUGCUUUGUUCGGCAACACCUGAGGUUGGUGUGUGAAGGGUAAUCUGAGCUCAGUGUUGAUCCGGAGCCCGCUUUGAGGAACUGUUCUAGCGGUUUAUUUACCUCAGAUGAACACCCUCCCGCUGCCGGGAUCUGUUUACACGACCCCCGUCCCACGGACACAGUAUGGGCCCAGUCCAGGCAGACCAGUCCGUGGAAGUUUAGACCCGCUGGACCGACCGUUGAAACUGGGUCAAAGUGGUUUGUGUGCUUAACUCUGUGGGUGCCGGAGUGUUUGGGUCAUGGCCCUGUCCCAGGUGCAGUGUCUGGAUGAGCACCACGUCAACCUGCGGGUGAGUGAGAGUAAGCCGGAGUUCUUCUACAGUGAGGACCAGAGGCUGGGCCUGGAGGCCCUCAUCACCCGGGGCCGGGACGCCUUCACCGAAUACCUCCAGAAGCACGGCGUCCGGGAGUUCCUCUCGGAGCCGGAGUUGGAGUGGAUCGAACGGACAGCGGAGGCCUACCGACCGGGACAUGAGCACCACCAGAAAGCGGAGACCCCGACCUCUGGCCCGGCUCCGGGGAACACCACCCCGGGCUCCGGGGAGGAGGCGGGGGACGGAGAGGUGUCACUGCAGUACUGGCCGGACCGAUCCGAAUUCUCCGUGGCCGAACUGGACCUGGGCUGGCCAGAGGCCAUAUCAUACCGUGGGGUCACACGCGUGACCGUGUACACGCAACCUCCAGCGGAGGGACAGACACAUAUCAAGGAGGUGGUGCGGAAAUGCAUAGCAUCAGCCCAGAGGGUGAUAGCCGUGGUGAUGGAUGCUUUUACUGAUGUGGACAUCUUUCGGGAUCUGCUGGAUGCGGCCUACAAACGCAAAGUUCCUGUGUACAUCAUCAUUGACACGGCUGCAGUCCCUUGCUUUCUUUCCAUGUGUGGCAGAGCUGAUAUGCAUCGUGGACAUCUAAAGAAUCUGCGUGUACGCUGCUGUGGGGGGGUGGAGUUUUUCACACGCUCAGCACAGAGAGUGCGUGGAUCACUAAGCCAGAAGUUCCUCCUAGUGGACGGAGACAAAGCCAUCUCUGGCUCCUACAGCUUCACCUGGUCAUCCUCUCGUUUCGACCGUAACCUCAUCACUGCGAUCACAGGACAGGCAGUGGAGACUUUUGAUCUACAAUUUCGGGAGCUUUACUUCUUGUCCAGAGGUGUGUCUCUCAACAAAGUCUCAUUGGCAGAGGAACCGCUCCCUGACCCGGUCCCCCAGGCAGCUCCUGCUCCAGUCCCAGCUUCAGUGGCUCGGAAGCUCAUCAAUCCCAAGUAUGCCCUGGUUGCUGCAGGAACCCAGUUAAGUCCAUCCUCCUCUGACCAGAAUUCCAGCAACAAAAAUUCAAACACCCAGAAUCCCCCAGGGUUGAUUCUGAAAAAGCGUCAUAAGAUUACAGAGGAGCCACCUAUGCACCCAGGAUUGGUGGGUCUAGAGCGUGCAUACUUGAUUCCAUACCUGCCCACAUGGCCCGAGCCAGACCCGCCCAGUGAUGUGAUUGGCUUCAUAAACAUCAGGGAUGAAACACGAGCCCAUAAGGUUCACUUACAGAGGUCAGAGAGGUUUGAGGUCAGUCAGGCUAUACGCUUCCGCGCACCACUGACUCUACCAGCUCAAAAUGAGGAACCUGCUUCAGGUCCUGUUGCAAAUGAAGCAGGAAAAGCCAACUCCCCCUCAGGAAAUCCAAGCACAGAGGCCUCUACAAAUGCUGCGAGUCCAACCAAAAAACAGUCCAAGGAGAAAAAACACACAGCUGCAAAUACAGACCACACUGAGACAACAGAUUCCAGAGCCCCCCCUCAGCAGCCCAGUAUACCUUUAACAGAGGACAUACACAAACCAAACACACAAACCCCCACAACACAGUCCAAUGUUACUGAUACUCCACAGCCUACAGACAAUACCAGACAAACUACAGAAUCACAAAACAUAGCGCCUCCCAUUCCUAAACGGCGCACUUUACAGUUAGUAAUAGACCCCUCCCUCUCAGAGAAGUCAAGUGAAGCUCAGGUCACUCUGGUAAAAAUGGACCAAGUGGAUGAACUGGCUAACUCUAACGCUGAAAUGAAAACCCCGGAAGAUGUAAGGACAGGUCGCAGUCGUAUUAAAUCAAAGGCGAAUGCUGAGGACUCUGGAAGUAACGAGGAUGGUAGCCAAGACAGCACUAAGGUCAACUGUGACCGGGCGGCCAACGACGACCCAUCGAGCAACUCCACAGCGUCAGAGGAGGAGUUUUAUGAUGCACAGCCAGAGCAGAAAGACCCAUUGAUCAACGGAGUCACACUGGGGUCAGGCCACGGGAAUCGGCACGACGGGUUCAACAUGAUGGCUCGCUUUUCCCAGAGCAUGCUGGAUCUUCGGGAGCCCAGCAAGACAGACGACAGUGCUGCUCUCAUCCUCCGGUCACAGCAGCUUCGCAGACAGGGUCACCCAUCACCACACCGACACAUUGGACAGCUGUUCCAGGCCUCCAGAUCUCCAGCUCGUGACGCAAGAUCGAAGGGACCCAAAGUAGUCAUCGCCAAACCAGGAAGCUUUCACCGACCCGCGCGAGCAGCUGGUCCUGUUAUCGGAGGACACCGUUACUGGCAGAGUCAAAUGCUUCAGCCCGAUUCGGCCCAGCUGAACACUCAGACGCGCUCUGGUCGGUCACCGCGACGCCACAGCCCUGGUAACAGAAAGACGGACUAUACCUCACCACAUCCACCAGCUAACCCGGCAGGACUACUGGGCAUGUCAUUCUCAAAACUGAACAAUUUCAGGCAGUUGAGGGCACGAGGAGGGGGAGCGUCGCAGAAAAAAGCGCCUCCAAAUAACAAGGCUACUAGGUGAAACCACGGGCUGGCACAGGUACAUGAUGUGACAUGACAUUUGUUGAUACAGACUUCCUGCUAAGAAAUUGGUGACUCUUUAGUGUGGGAUCUACAUUAUCUCUGGCAUGCAUGCUGUUUUCUAUUUUUAAAUCAUGAAAAGAACUAAUUGGUAUUGUUUAGUUCCGCCAACAGUUGACGAUGUACAAAGUCAGCCAAGGUGCUUUCGUUUUCAACUGCAUCUCUUUGAUGGUUUAUUAGUUGGUUUGCUUCUCUCUCAGCAGGAUUAUGUAAAAACUACUGGACCAAUCUUUAUGAAAUGUGGUGGAAGGGUAGGGCUUGGGACAAACUCAUAAAAUUUUGCAGCACAUCCAGAAAAAGAUUUUACUUUUUCCCUUCUUAUCGAAUAUAUUUUUAGAGGAGCUGUCUGACAAUCACCUUUCAAACAACAUUUCUUGGUGAUGGUUUCUUACUGCAUGGGAUCUGUAGUGUCUUGUAACAUGAUUUAGUGCAGAUACAGACCUGUUAGUAAAGAAUAUGUCAGUAUUUGAAUGUUUACCAAUGUGCAGAGUCAUCUGAGCAUGGAUUUUUAAAAAUGUGUCUAUCAAAGACUUAUGCUAGGACAUCUUUUAGUGGUAGUGUACAUUGUAGGUGAUAAAUCUUUCUCUCAGGCUCUUCAGUCUUGUAAACCAGUGGUCCCCAGCCCCCGGUCCCCGGACCAGUACCGGUCCGUGGAUCAUUUGGUACCGGGCCACAAAGAAAAAAAAUUGUGUUAAUAUUAAAGCAAUUUUUUUCCGUUAGUGUGGUGGAGAUUUUAUUUUGAAAAGCGACCGUUUUCGCACUCGUCUCACAACCACUAGACCUUGGUGCGCCAUUUCAUGAAUCAGUAGUAACACAAGCUAAAGAAAUGAGCCAAAAACAAAAUUCACUGGAGAACUUUUUCAGGAAGAAAUUAGGAAAUGACGGGGCUACAGAAGCAUCACAGACUGCCUGCAAACAGAAAGCUGCAUUUAUAAGGAAAUAGCCUGAUUCCUGCCUAAGUUACAGGUUCAUCCCAACAGAUGACACACAAGCACCUCAAAACUGCUCCAUCCAUGUUUGAGACAACUUCAAACCUCUUUGCAUUCCUGAUUAAAGUCAAAGCAGAAUAUACGGAUAUUGCUACAAAAGCCCUGAAAGUCCUUCUUCCGUUUCCAACCUCAUAUCUUUGUGUGGCCGGGUUUUCUGCGAUGAGUAGACUGGAUAUACGGAACACAAUUGGAGUGUGUGUCUCCCAUCAGCCGCAGAUGGGACCAUCUAGUUGCAGGGAAACAAAUCCAGGGUUCCAACUGAUUCUGCAUUAGGGUGAGUUGAUAUUAUACUGUAGAAUCAUUGGAAUUGCCUGA